CAAUUCCCGGCCAGACGGUUGUAGCAUUGUUACAUUGUGCCUGUUCAAUUGUGAGUACCUUACACAGUAAAUAUCAGUGAUGUAUAAUGAGGGGUAGAUCAGAUAAAACCUCUCUCUCCCCGUUGCAGAACCUUUAUCCCCUUCUCCAAUUUCAGUCUUUGUGAUAUAAAUCCGUCUCAUCUGCCACUUCCCCUCAUUUUGAGACCUCAUUCUGAUACCUCACCUCAACACCUUUUCAUUUCUCUCAAUUGAUACCCCUUGAAUCUUCAUCACAAUGGCCCCAGGUGCUCUCAUUGACGAGCCCGUCCAGCCUUCUCAGGGUCCCUGGAAGGGCAAGAACGACGAUGCCCCCAGAAACAUCUUCCCCGACGGCAUCCGCACAUCGGGACAGCACAACCCCCUCUACGACGCUCUCAAGCCCUACGCCGAGUUCCCCAAGGAGAUAUCAGGCCCGACGGUCUGGCACAAGGAGGAGUUUGAGCAGCAGCCCGAGAAGUGGACGCACCGCUUCACCCCUGAGGAGGUUGAGGAGCUCGGCCGCACCUCUGAUGCCUUUAUCGCCAGCAACACCCCUCUGACGGGUAUCUCCAAGUCCAACUUCCCCCUCCCAACACUAGGCAAACGCCUCACCGACCUCCGCAAAGACCUCAUCGACGGCAAAGGCUUCGUCCUCUUCAAGGGCUUCCCCGCCAACGAAUGGGGCCCUCAUAAGACCGCCGUCGGCUACAUGGGCCUCGGUACCUACCUCGGCUACUUCGUCUCCCAAAAUGGCCGUGGCCACGUCCUGGGCCACGUCAAGGACGUCGGCGACGAUCCGACCCAGAUCGACAAGGUCCGCAUCUACCGCACCACCGCCCGCCAAUUCUUCCACGCCGACGACGGCGACCUCGUCGGCCUCCUCUGCGUCCAGCGCUCCGCCGAGGGCGGCGAGAGCGACCUCGUCAGCAUCCACGCCGUCUGGAACGAGCUGCAGCGCUCCCACCCGGACGUCGCGGAGACCCUGACCAAGCCCAUCUGGUACUUUGACCGCAAGGGCGAAGUCUCCGAGGGCCAGGAGGAGUGGACUAAGCAGCCCGUGUUCUACAUCGAGAACGGAGGGCAGCGCCGCGUAUACUGCAAAUGGGAUCCCUACUACGUGCGCUCGCUGACGCGCUUCUCCGACAAGGGCGUGAUCCCGCCGCUGAGCGAGGAGCAGCUGCACGCGCUCAAGACGCUCGAGGAUACGUGCCAGAAGUUGGCGCUGCACAUGAUUCUCGAGGUGGGCGAUAUCCAAUUUUUGAGCAACGCGCACCUGCUCCACGCAAGGACGGCGUAUACGGACCACCCCCACCCGGCGCCGCGCCGGCACUUGUUGCGGUUGUGGCUUUCGACGCCCGAGAGCGAGGGCGGGUGGGUGCUGCCGUUCCCUGAUAGCAAGGAGUUGAAGAGGGGCGGGAUCCAGGUGAACAAUGUGCCUCCGCGCGCGCCGUUGGAUGCGGAGUAGAGUUUGUUCUGGUGAGGUUCGUUAGCAUUUUUUGUGAAAAUUGUAUUUAGAGCGCUGGUGAGGAUGAGAGGAAACAUUCGGUGCACCAUCUGAGAUGCGAUGAGAUGGAUGGCUUUUGAUUGCAUUGCUUCAUGAGAUUGGCGGAAAGCCCGCAUAGAGAUUCUCAGGAGACAUGGCUCUGCAAACAUGAAUGAAAAGAAAAGUAAAAUGUGGAACUCAAAAUGAGAUCGCCAUCAUGAAGUGAGCCCUCUCACCCUGCAGUGAUUGAAGUCAUGACCGCGCAUGCACACUCACUCCACUAGUGAGAUUUAAUAUUUCGGAUGCGAGAGACUGAGAUGAGCAGUUUCCCGGAAACACCAUAGCCAUCUAGCGGACAAAUGGUGUGAUUGCUGUGCCUGAGAGAGAUUGUGC